GGGGGAGCCUCAGAGCUUGAGAGAGCGAGCGCAAGAGAGGACGUAAAAUUCAUUGAGAGAAAGAGAGUUAAAGACAAUAAAUACAACAGCGGAGGCAGAUUGAGGGGAAAGAGAUAGUAAGAUAGAGUGAGCUUCACAUGAGAGAAAGAGCAGCAGCAAAGACACACAAGGAAAGUGAGAGAGAGAGAGAGAGAGAGAGAGUGCGUGUAGUGCAGUGUUGUGCUGGUCUACUCGGUUAUCUGUCUCCAUCUGGGUGCCAUCUGUGUCUCUGGCUCUGGCCUUCGCCACAACCGGAGCUCACAUAUGUGGGAAUGCAAACACAUGCCUGACAUAUGAAGGCGUGGAGUCACAAAAAGAGACAAAAAGGAAAGGAUAAGAAAGCAAAUCCCCGCCACUGCAGCUGACUUUCUCAAAGGACUGAAGAGUGGACUCUACUAGAGUGGAGACAGUAGAGAGAAGAAGAGCCCUGCCAUGCCCGGUUCUCCUGUGGAUGCUAAGACUCAUUCCAGAUCAGCCCCCAGCAGCGCCAGCUCCACUAUGCCACCCCUGCCUUCUGUCAACCCCAGCGGCCCUCGCCCGGCCUCCUUUUCCACCACAGCAUUGACCAAUGGGAAUCAUCAUUCCCCACCAACCCUGAAUGCAGUGCCAUCUCCACCGCAACGUUACAGCAACGGACCGUCCUCUUCCUCUUCCUCAUCGCUGGCCAACCAGCAGCUGCCGGCCACCUGUGGGGCUCGCCAGCUGAGCAAGCUGAAACGUUUCCUGACCACGCUGCAGCAGUUUGGCAACGACAUCUCUCCUGAGAUUGGAGACAGCGUCCGAAGCCUGGUUCUGGCCCUCGUGAAUUCGACAGUUACCAUUGAGGAGUUCCAUUCACGGCUUCAGGAGGCCACCAACUUCCCUUUACGGCCCUUUGUUAUUCCUUUUCUCAAGGCAAACCUUCCCCUUCUGCAGAGGGAGCUACUCCACUGUGCACGGGCAGCCAAGCAGACCCCAGCCCAGUACCUGUCCCAGCAUGAGCAUCUCCUGCUGAGCACUACGAUGGCCUCCUCGCCAGACUCCUCUGAGCUGCUGAUGGAGCCUCCGGAGGCUGUUACCAAGAGACACAGCCCCAACAGAGCUAAAGAGAAUGGUUUCCACGAACGUCCACCCGCAGCCAUGGAGCCUGCCGCGAAACGAAUUUGCACCAUCAGCCCUGCUCCCCGACACAGCCCCGCCCACCCACUGCCCCUCAGCGCCCAGCUUCACCCGACCCCUCCACCCUUGCAGCACUACGCCCUAGAUGACAUCGCAGCACCACACAUCCUACACCGCGAGCACAGCCAACGCAUGUUGGAGAUCCGCGAGCUCAAAGACAGGCCCAGACUCCCUGGCACUAACGGAGGCUACCGCGAGGAGCCGGUGGACCACAGACUGACAGACAGAGAGUGGGCUGAUGAAUGGAGGCAUCUGGACCAUGUGCUGAACUGCAUUGUGGACAUGGUGGAAAAGACACGGAGGUCAGUGAGCGUGCUCAGACGAUGCCAGGAGUCAGAUCGCGAGGAGCUCAACUACUGGAGACGGCGUUCGAGCGAGCAGGAGGACCCGCGCAAAGGCGGCUCAGGCUCAGCUCCCUUCUCAAAGACACACAGCCCCCACUCUGCAGAGUCGGACUCCCAGCGCGACUUUGCUCCACGGCCAGGCUCAGCAUACGUUACAGAUGAGAUCUGGAGGAAAGCUGAAGAAGCUGUGAAUGAGGUGAAGCGCCAGGCCAUGGAUGAGGUUCAGAAGGCAGUAGCAGAGGCUGAGCAGAAGGCUUUUGAAAUGAUUGCUUCUGAGAGGGCUAAGAUGGAAAAGACUCUGGCUGAUGCGAAGAAGAAGGCUCAGGAGGAUGCCAUCAUGGUCAUCAAUGAGCAGGAGGAUUCCAGUGAGUGUUGCUGGAAUUGUGGCCGCAAAGCUAGCGAGACGUGCAGCGGCUGCAAUGCCGCUCGCUACUGUGGCUCCUUCUGCCAGCACAAAGACUGGGAGAGACAUCACCUCAUCUGCAGCCCAGGACUUCAGGCUCAACCCAAACCAGUUUCCGCCAUCACCGCAAGCAGGGCAGCAGCAGUAGCCGGGGUGUCUCCUGUCAGUCUGGUCGGGGUCAAAGCCCCCGACAGUGUUUCUUCAGUCUCCAGUCCUGGGGGAGAGAAGGCUUUGGUCGCUUCUCGCUCCUCCACCCCUUCCACCCCCGCCUCGGCCCCUGAGACCAAUGGACACUAGGAGGUGAAGGACAUCAGUGGUGAACGUGUCACCUAUCCUCUUUCUUACUGGGGAAGAAUUGAAUCAGCAGCAAGAGGAAACUAUUUGUGGGUUAAGUUAGGAUACCAGAUUUUUCAUCAUACUCUGGCAGAAAAAAAAGGACAGAUUAUGGAUGACUGUUUGAGUGAUAUGUCAACUGGGACUUUGGCUUUGGCAAAGAACAGAAGGACUCGUCUCGAAUGCAUCUAUUGGAUGAACAGAUCUCCCUGAACAGAUGGAAACGUGUCUGUCUUCGUCCAAAAACCCCAAAUCUUGGAUCUGCAAGGGGCUGAAAAAAACUGACGACUGAUCUGAGUUUAUCUCCGGCCGUGGGGAGGAAGUUAUAAAGGGGAGACAUAUGAGAAAAGACAGAGGAGCUAAAAAAAAAAACGCCCCCCAAAACCAAUAUUCUCACUUUUGAUGUCUAUAGAUUUAAGAUAGGGAGGUGGUGGUGGAAAAUGUAAACAGUGUAAUAGUACCAGCCAUAAAGCAUCUGUCUUUGUCCUGUAGAAAAAAUCUGACAGUAGACCGUAAGAGUCGUCUCUGCAGCUCCUCCUCCUGUAUACAUAAAUAUCUGCUCGCCAAAUUCUUGUCAGGUUUUUCAUGUGUGAAUGCGUGUGUCAAACGGUUGUGCCGUCAGUGAAUAUUGUACAGCAUAUGAUAACUUUUGUCAAAGCAAUAUUAAAGUGAAGUGUUCAGGUAUCACAAGCCGUUUCUGCAUCACCAAAGUUUUUAGUCGCUAAAGAGAGAGUCGUCAUUGCCUGUAAAUGUCCUUGUGAAUCAGAGAUAAUUAUACACUAACCCCACAUCAUAUGUACUUUUAUAAUGACUCUGGUCACUAUUUUUAAUUUCUGAUCAUCAGUCAUCUUCAAAGAACAGAGAAAAAAGUGAUGGUGAUUGGAUCAAGUAAGCGCAGGAAGAAGGAAGGAAGGCAGAAGAUGAAGUUAAGACUUUAUUCUGGUUGCGGUUUCAUUUUGGCACUUGUUUGCGUCACCAGUUUGUGUAUGUCGGGAUCGGAUGUUGCUCCAAAUCUUACACCAUUGCAAUAUUUGCAUCGGACAGCUUUUCAAGUACAGUUUUGAACAAAAGGAGAGAUAAGGGGUGACAAUUAAAUCUGUUUUACUUCAUUUGAAAUUAUCAAAAGGGAGAAAAUUCUCACUGGUGCUUACAUUGCCUCGGUGAAGUUUUAGAGCAGCGACUCUGUCCCACGGAGAAUCUCAGGAGCAAAACUGUAUUUGUAUGCACAGAUCAUUCUGUCUUUUCUUUUGUCGCAGUUAGGUUCAAGUCAAACGUUUAUUGUAGUCUGCUGUUACAACUGAGACAUUGUUCUUGUUUUUCGUUCGUUGUGAGAUGACUUUGUAAAGAAUAUUAUGAGAGAAUGCCUUUAUUUUGUGAGCCACGAUUUUCUUCGUUCUUUAAACACGUUCUUUUGUUAUGAGGCAUAACUUCAUAUGAAAAAGAUAUCUUGACAUGAAGUAUGAAAUAAAGAAAUAGAACUACAA